AUGCUAAAGCUGUGGAGACUCCAGAGGGUGCACAUCCUGAGAGGCUGCCUGAGUGAUCCAGAAGAGGAGGACGGGAUCCUUUACAGACACGGAGGAACAGUGCAGCUCAACCACGUCAAGGGUGAAGGAGCAGCUGUCCCAGUGUGGAUCCCUGUGAGAGGCACCUCCCAACAGGAGGGUUUCCAUGCGCAUCAGGCACGGUGGAUCACAGGCAACUGUGUUUCCUCCGAGCUCUUCCAGGCUCAAGGCAUGAUGGGCAUGGCACGGUGGAACUUUCAGAGAUUGGUGGAUCUGAAGUUACCGGACGUGAAGCUACCUGCAGUCUUUGACCCAGUGCUCAUCAUGCAGCUGAACGUGGCAUCGGAGAGGGUGACCGGCCAUGCCAAAUACCCUGCACUGCAGUUGAGCCACAGAGACACAGGGGAGAGAUUUGGCCUGCAGUAUGUGGAGCCAGGCUGUCGCCCUGUGCCUCUGGACUGGUUCAAGAACAGGUCCCAGGGGGCUGAUGAAGAGGGAGCUGAGGAAGAGGAGGCUGACCGGGUGGUCGCCGACCAGCCCUUCAUCACGCCAGAAGACAAUGAUGACGUCUUUGGUGAGGCUUCUGGAGUCUUGCCCCAGACCACAGUCCAGCCAGUCCAAUCAACCUCCACUCAAGGUCUGCCAACGACACCUGCACUGCCCAUCACAGCAAACCCGCGUGCUGCUCGCACAAUGUCCAUCAAGGCAGGCGGGCUUCUGUACGUCUUGGACCAUUCCCGGUGGACAGAGGCCAUGAAGGAGGUCAUCGACGGCCUCAUAGGAAUCCACCAAGGGUCGAAGGAUUUCCUGCAGAGGGUGGACAGUGACUACGCUGGCUUGGUGCAGGCUGCUUCCCGUGAUCCCAAUAGCCUGUUGCAUCCAACAACAAAGCAACACAUUUCACAGUAUGUGAAGCAUUGGGCAAAGCGGACCAACGCCAGCACGUCCCUGAACACCAGCCCAGAGAAACUCCUGGAGACGCAGCAGCUGUGGCAGCACCUGACGGCAGAGAGUGAGACCAAGAGCGUGCCGGUGGUGACCAUACCACCCGCUGCGGUCAAUCCACCUGGGAGAGAUCCCCAGGAGGCCCCUCUGACCAAGGCUGCUAUCGAGGACAUGGUGCGGGACAUAGUCCAGAAGCAGACGGCACUGCAACAACAGCAGCAGCAGCAGCUGGGCAAAAAGAAGACGAGGAACUGUCUUGCCUGUGGCCAGCCGAAGUCGCGAUACCAGGGAGACGGUUCCUCCAUCCACCUCUUCUACCAGUCUGGGGAGGUCAAGUACUUUUACUGCUCACAAAGAGUCCACAAGCUCUAUGCAGCAGAAGGCCUGAAUGACCCCAGAAUGCCGUUUGAGGACUUUGCGGACACCCCUUUCUUUGGGAAAGAGCUUGAGGCAGCCAAGCUCAGGUCAGCAGAGGCACGGAGGUUGGCUGAUCUGCGGGGGAAACGGAGGGCGGCAGAACAGCAGCCCACCGGUCGGCUCUGCAAGUUCUGCCGCAAGCCCAUCAAGCAGGGGCCAGAAAGCCCCCAUGUGUACCAUUCGUUCCGGGGUGUGGCGGGCAGGUAA